GUUAGGAUGGCAACGCCGAGACGCGACAUCAAACUCAUCAUCGUUGGCAAAACUGGAGUGGGGAAAAGCGCAACGGGGAACACGGUUCUGGGGAGGUAUCACUUUAAAAGUUCCCCUUGCGCAGGUAACGCAUCGGUUACAAACACAUUUGAAAAGGCUUCGACAUGUAACAGAGGUCGCAUAAUUACGGUUGUGGAUUGCCCGGGUAUUAAAGACACUGAUCUCAACGAAGAAGAUGGUUCUGUUUUAACCGACGAUGCCAAAAAACAAAUUUUCGCAGAUGCGCCUGAAGGCUUUGAUGCUUUUCUUUUGGUUUUUCUUUUUAGCGUGCGAUACACCAAGGAAUAUGUACAAACAGUUGCUCAUCUGAAGCAACAGUUUGGGGGAGAAUUUUUCAGAUUCUGUAUUCUCGCGUUCACUCACGGAGACGCCUACGACGCUACUGAGACGGAGUACGAAUCAUUUCCGGGUUGGAUCAACACACAAGAAGGUUCUUUCAAAACGUUGGUGGAGGCAUGCGGCAAGAGGUGUGUCCUGUUUGAUAACAAAACCAAAGACGAGACGAAGAGAACGUCCCAGGUGGAUCAGUUGAUUAAAUUGAUUGACCAACGCAGUGCCCUUGGGCUGAGGUACACGGGUGACCAUCUCAAGAUGGCUGAAUUUGUACGUGCGAGAAAUAGGGUUGAAGCCAAGCGCCAUUUGAUCAAGGCCGAAAGCGAGGAAGAGAACGGUCUGAUCAAGCAGCAUCUUGACACUGUUAAGUCGAGCGAACCGAAGAAACAGUUGCAGCUGCUGGCAGGACUGAAGAGAAGGGGAGAAACGUUGUGCCAUCGUAUCAAAGAACUCGAUGAUGGCACCGGUGUCUUGAAA